AUGCAAAACGAGCCAGAGAAGCCACGAGUUUCUCUAGACGGAACGCCCUCUGUCGGAACGACGGGCAAAACACCAAAGAGCCUAGAACAGUUGGCUCUAGGAGCAGCUCUGUGUUACUUGGCUGAAUGCGCGCGAACCGGACACUUUGACGAGCAACCGUCAUGGCGACGCAGCGCAUGGCGCAGCUCUUUGCGCCGCUCUGUGCCAGCGCAUUUGCGCGAAGCAUUGCUAGAUAGAGCUCUGGCAAAUGGCCGUCUCUGCGAUGCUGCACAGUUCUCACUGCUUGAUGUUCUGCUCUGUGCGCACGUGUCGAAACUGGAGUUGCGGUAUGUGCGAACAUGGUUCCAGGCGCCGUUGGCGAGAAUACUGUUGUCUUGGCGCGGCUCUGGGUUGCGCAGCGUGGUACUUGAGGACGUGGCGUGGCUCGGUGGUGAGUGUAGGUGUCGCUCGGUGUACAAGUGUGAGAGCGCGGUGUGGAACGCGACAUCUCACGGAGAGAGUACGAAACGAGAAGUUCUCGUUUUCGACACGCCCGCUGUGCCGCAGUGUCCUAGACUGCUUUUGCCUAGGCUGCUGGCUGCCAUGCCCUGGCUCACUCAAGCCCACUUGAAGUUCAUUUGCGACGAUGCAGCCCUGCGAGUGCUCGGCUCCUUCUGCGCCCACCUCCAACUCGUGGACUGCUCCUGGAGUCCUCAGGUCUCAGAUCGCGGGAUCGCAGCCCUGCUGCUAGAAGAACCCCAACAACUGCAUUCCAUCGCCAAACACGACCAAACCAACAAACAACACCACAACUUGAACAAUCCCAACGAGAAGAAGAAGAAAAAGAGACGCUUCUUCAGCUCGUUUCUCGCGUCGGCGACGAGCAGCAGCGAACUGAUGACCACCACUUUGGCCCUGAGGUUCUCUGACAUUUUUGCACCAGCGUUCGCGUUGCCAUUGCGUGGUACCACUGGUGGUGGUGCUGCUGCAGCACAAAGGAAACCGAGUCCCUGGGAAGAGUGUCAUUUUGCAGACGAUUCUCUGCAAAAAGCAGCUUUGCUCAUGUUUGGCGGCAGAGUGGAUGACAAAGUUGGCCGUGGUCUGAACCCGUGUUGCGACACUUUGAGAGUUUUGAGAUUCGGUGGAAGUGCGGCUUCGAAAGCGAGUGUCGGACUUGUUGAGUUAUUGGCACCGAAAGCAAAGGCAUUCAUCAAUUGACACGAAAAAUCAAGACCCAGUUUGAACAAGCACCGAUGAGAGAAAGUGAUUUAUGCGUUACUUAGACCUGCAAGAAUGAGGAAGACCUUUUAACAAUGUAAUCAUGCAAUUUAUGUUGUACAGGAAGAUUUGAGAGAAGCGUUCGUAUAAAUUUAAAACAAAUUCCGGCAAAACGUAAAAAAAUUUGGAAUCCAUUAGCUCGGAAAAUUAAUAAUAUAUUUUGUAAUUUCAUGGGACUGAAAUUUUCACGGAAAAUACUGAAAUCCUCAUGAAAAUCAUCGUUUUUUCACCAUAAUGUGAGGCGACUGAUGAAAAGCAUUCUGGCAUCCUGGGGAAAUUCAUUCUCGGCCCUC